AUGCAGAAACGAGAAAGGUCAAAGGUCUACCCUACUACUAAUCGGUCGGUCCUGGUGGCGGUGGUUCGUCCGAAGUCGAAUCCAACGGCGCGCCGCAGCUCCUCCGCCCCUCCUCUCCCGCCGCCUAUAUUCCUCCUUCCGAUUCCGUUCGUUCGUUCGUUAAGCCCUUUCACAAGCGCGGGCGGCCUCCGACCGGCCGGAACCCCGGCGGCCUCCUGGAGAUUAUUACGGGAUUGGGAUCGGUCUGAGCUGCGGAGGCCGGCGCAGGCGCGCCCCCUUCUCGUUUCUUGGUGUGGCAGGCAAGGUGGUGGUGACCGGCCGGUGAAUAUGAACAUUGUGUGUGAAGUCUGUGGAGAUAUUGGUUACAGACAACUUCUGCUAUGUUGCAGAGACUGCAAGCGUUAUGCUGUGCACCAAUACUGUUUGGACAAAGUUGUCUUCGAUGCAUCGUUAAUAGAAUGGUUCUGUUAUGAAUGCCUACAAAGGCGUGGUGAAGUUACUUGUGUCAGAUCUCUAGAGCAGGUGUCAAGUGAAAGGCCACUGAAUCAUGCACAGUUUGGUUCUCCAGUACAUCAGCUAACUACCAAGAGGGUGGAGUCAGUAAGGGAUGCAGGGCCAUAUUCAUCCAAUGGUGGUUGUGAGGAACUAUUUUCCUGCCCUGGCAUAGAAACCAUCCCAAGUGUGCGAGAAAGAAGUGUUGAUCCCAUUAAUAUUUCCAGCAUUUCUCAACAUGAUAGCACAGAAGCAUCCGCAAGCAGUGAAAGAUCCACGGAGUGUCAAAAGGCUAGCUCCUGUCGACGUGGGAAAACUGUGAAGAUGACUAUGGAGUCCUCAUCAUCAUCUGAGGAGUCAGGAGAAGACAUUCUCUCUGAAAACGUAUCCUUGGAAUAUGUUUUGGCAUAUAGAUGUUAUCUAUCUAAAGCACAAAAGAAGAGAGUAAUGGAGCUUAUUCAGGAAAUUCAACCUGAAUUCACAAUUUUUAUAUCAAUAAUGCGGAAGGGCAAUGUGCAACCCCCGGGUCCUUUUCUGGGAAUUACCAGGGAUUAUGCAAGUGCACAUUUCCCAGAUGAAAGCACAAAUGUCACUCUUGAGGUGCCUGGCAAGAGCAAGAAGUGGCAUCCCAAAUUCUACAAAAGAGCUGAAAGUAGAAACUACAUGCUUAUAGGACAGUGGCUAGACUUUGUCCGUGAGAAUCAUGUGCAGGAGGGAGAUAUCUGCCUCCUUGUACCGACAAAAGAUGAGAUAAGGUGCACAUUUAUGGUCUAUGUUCUUCAUGAAACAACUUAUUCUAGAGGUGGGGCUGGCUUUCAAAUGGCUGGCCCAUGCCCUGGUGCAUCUAGUGCAAAGAUGGCUUCAGAAAUCCAUAUCGAGGAGGAACCUACCGCUGGAGAACAUGUUUCCUCGGAAAGUGAUAUGCAAGAAAUUCCUCAUGAACCUGUAGAGGGCGGAGACUCUGAUGAUCCAUUUGUUCCUCCAUACAUUGUACCAUGCAAGAGUCCUCUAUCUAAAUCCCAGAAGAGAAUCGUUGAGGAGCGAGUGCGAGCUAUCCGAUCUGAAAUUCCUAUUUGUGUGGCAGUAAUGAAGAACAACAACGUCGGUGUUGCUCAACGUUGGAUGCUAGAAUUAGGUUCACGAUAUGGUUCGGUAUAUCUCCCGACUAAAGGGCAAACCAUAUGGCUCCAGUGUGGGGGGAAGACAUGGAAGGCAAAAAUGAUGUUUCAUAAUGGUAGAAGGUGGUUUCUUAACGGAGGUUGGCCCAAUUUUGCUCGUGGAAAUGGCCUGCGCGUCGGCGACGUCUGCCUAUUCGAACUGAAGAAGGAGAGUAAGCUUACCAUGGCAGUCCAUAUCAUUCGCAGGGAGAAGUUUUAG